UGCUAGGCUGAGGCAGGGGGGAGGCUGCUGUUGGUGGCAAAGUUUGCCCCGCACAUUGAUUAAUAUCAGCUUUUCUUCCCUCCAGCAGCCUUCUGAGCAGCCAGCCGAGCACCGCGGGGCUCUUGAGCUGUGAUGCCCGGCAGCCCCUCCGCACACACAGGCAUGUCUGAGGAGGACCGAUGGCUCCCCGCUGCCUUGUUGGCGUGUUGUUUCCAGGCGUCAGCUGACUCCCUGCAAGUUAGCUAAUAGGUUAGCUUCAUCAAACCCACUCUGGUACUAAAGCAUUUCGCCUCUUCUGUGGUGUUCGUGACAUCGUGGCUGCUUCGGUACGCCGAGAAACACGCCGUGAGGGACCUGCUGUAGCAGCCUGUCUGUGGAGAGCUAAGCUACGUUCAUGUCAGCCUGGUGCUUCUCCAACGUGACGCAAGUUGUGGCUACUUGGCUCUUGUCACUUCGCUAGCUGGACUAGCUUGUCAAGUGAAACUGAGGGUUUGCUCCGCUGAGUGAGGCUGACAGACGAAGCUGGUGUGCGGCAAAGUUGGGCUGCUGUGUCCCGCUAAGCUAGCAGGCUGAGGAGACUGCGAGCAGCGUCCGUCCACCGUGAGACAGUCAGCCAGCCCAUGUAAAGGAGCCAUGGAGGGCAUCCUGUACAAGUGGACGAAUUACAUGACAGGUUGGCAGCCCCGCUGGUUCGUCUUGGAGAACGGAGUCAUCUCCUACUACGACAGCGAGGAUGAUGUCGGAAAAGGAAGCAAAGGAUCCAUCAAGAUGUCAGUCUGUGACAUCAAAGUCCAUCCGACAGAUCCAACACGUCUGGAGCUGAUAAUCCCGGGCGAACAACAUUUCUACGUCCGAGCUGUCAACGCUGCAGAGAGACAGAGGUGGCUGGUGGCUUUAGGCUCGUCUAAAGCUGGAACCCUGGACAGUCACAAACACAGAGGCCCAGACUGUCUGAGGACUAAGAUGUCUGAACUCCGCCUCUACUGUGACCUUCUGGUCCAGCAGGUCCAAACAAUCCAAUCACAGCACACCACGGACACACAGGCCACGCCCACCUCUGAGUCCUCUCUCCUCAGUGCAACUUGUGCAACCUUCAUCAGGACUCUGGAGGAGUGUAUGACCCUGGCCAACCAAAGUUUAACCCCCGACCUCCGACCGCCUGAACGGAUGAAGAGGUCUAUCAGUCACCCUGGAACAUACAGUUUUGACAGAUCAGGUGUCCCUAAGGAGUUUGUGUGUGGAGGACAAAGGUCAACUCAGCGCAGGAAUAGGACAUGCUCCGACAGCUCUGUCUAUGAUACUGAACGUCUGUUGUCUGGUCUCAAUGGUGAUUCAUCCUCCAUCCCUGAGGAGAGAGUGGGUAGUGUUAGCCCAAAGACCCCGCCUACCGACACAGACACUGACCUGUCGAUCUAAAGACCUGUCCAUGUGAAGUCCCGUCUGUCCAAAUCCGCUAAGCCGAACCCGGAACCAGCCGAACUUGGGAAAAGGUCAACAAUGGAUCAACAGUGCAGAGGUUUCCAUUGAAAUUGUGACAACAACAGCUUGGUUAUACCUAAGACUAGCUGAGCUAGUAAUCCUCCUCCGGGAAUUUCCUCCUCCUGUGCUAUUACUCUACAAAUCAGCUGAUUGCUAAACACAUGCACUUUGGAAUCAUUAUUCAUUUUUUUUUCUUCCUAAAGAUGUGUUUUUUUCCACUUUUUUUUGUUUUAAUCGGUAGCCUUCACACUGGAGAAAGACUGAAAAGGUAGGAAAAAGAGAGAGAGAAUGGAAUCCAGCCGAUGUCCUCAGUUUGGUUUGAACCUGUGACAUUGUGAGAACAUGAAGCUUUAAGUCCCUGAGCUGCCAGGACACUCCCGUCUUCGCCCUUUUGUAUUUUAACUCUACAGAUCAGCAGGUUGCCACGUACACCAUGGACACACUGAAGGGUGGAUCCCAUGGAGUUUGUCAGUGGCCACCUGUUGGAAACUGUGGCCGUCGUGGGCAACUCCCAGCUGGGAACAGGCUCAUCUGUGUGAGUUUGAUGCAGGGCAUGACAAAGAGAGCAUGCACACUCAGUUAAAGGUUUUCCUGACAGUUUACAUGUUCACUGUAUUCAACUGACCUGAGAAUGUACAGCAACAGUUUUGGAGGCCGUGUAAUGAGAUUUGUUUGCAUGGUGCAGGAUGCAUAACCGUCUCUGACCAAACCUGAUUAACAGCCACACAGGUCAGAGUUUUGUUUGAUGAAGUUCAGAGGCGCUUUCUUGCCAGCACCAUCUACAUCUUCCCCUCCAGGAUGUCUUGGUUCCGCUUGCUUGCCGAAGAACACAGCAUCUUUUGUUUCUGCUCUACCUUAAACUAAUCAAUCUUCAUACAUCAAAUCAUUCCUUUGACUCAAAGCCUCCUUUUCCAUACUUCGAUUGGACCCACCCAUAUUGCAUCCUCUUAUGUCUUUGUUUCCUCUGGUUGCUCGGGCUUUCUUCUACCGUCCAAAGACAUUCAAGUCAGGUGGAUGGGGACUCCGAACUGCCCAUUUGUAUAAAUGUGAGUUUGAGUUACUGUUUUUUCUUUAUACCUGUGUUAUCCAUGUGAUGGAAUGGUGACCCGUCCAGGGAGCUCUUGCCUUCCGCCCUAUACCCCGCUCCAGUGCUCCUCAAAAGGAAUACAUGCAUAAAGAAAAUUAAUAAAUGAACUGAGGCGAGGAGUGAAAUUUAACUAAUCUCUAGUCCAUCUGGCUUCACAAAGUGGGUCAUCGCACAGAGAGCUGUGAGGUUUCACAUAGGAAGGAAAAAAGCAGACUGAAUUGACUUGGCAAUUUGCCAUACUACAUGGAUCAUUGUUUUCUCCAUUGUUUUGGAGAGAAACGUACGUAGGCCAAGAUUAAUGUUUGGUGUCCAACCAAGACGGCACCAUCAGAUUUGAAAGAGCUGUGCCAGAGUGAAGUUGGGCUCUAAAGAUGAGAAAUGCACUUUUAGCAGAGGAGCUUCAUUUCUAAGUCUCUCCUGCUUAAUGGCAGUCCUUAAAGGAUGAUUCAGAGAUCUUGCAAGUGUUAGCUGUCAGUUUUGGCAUAAAACACAUUUAGAAUCAACGCUAUAAAGUGACAUUCACCUUUUUUGCAGAGACAUUAACAACAGGUCCUGUGUGUUGGAAAUAACUCUGAUGGCCCAUCUUUACUGUGUCCUAAACUCUCUUGGUAAAACCCAACAGCUCUUUCUAUGGCACAUGCCAAUCAGGUACAUACAUAUUGAAACAAACAACAAAACUGACCGACUGUUGCACCAAUUACAGUAUAUCCCUCUUAGGAACAUAUAGUAGGUCUGGUGUUGCACUUUAAAAU